AUGAUCGUCCAAGAGCAGUUUGAUGCCGCGACCAAACUACUGGUGCGAAGGUUCCCUGGUGAGCGAGAGAACAAGCAUGACGAUGAGGAAUGGAUCUUGUGUGGGAAAUACAUCCCGCAGGUCCUCACCCUCUCCAAGAACUACGUCGAUUCGCAGACCAAAUCGAGACCAUUGAAGACUAGCAUGAACUUCAUUAAUCUCCUUGUGAACGCCGCAAAGUCUGAGAGGAAAAUGACCCAAGGUCUCGAGAUUCAGCUUGAGAUGCUUGAAUACAAUGACCUGCUCUUAGCCCUCUUAUGCAGCUGGCUUGGUAUGGCAGUCGCUGCCCGGGAGCGGUAUAAAGAGGGCCUUGAUCUGCUGCUGAAAGGUAACAAGGUCCUUCAAAGCCCGGCCGGCAAGAUUCGGACUCAAAUGAUGGUCUGGAGUUUCAACACUCCAAGAAACUACUACACUGCAUGGAGCUCAUCUCCAUUUGCCUCGCUUCGGGCGAGGAUGAAAAGGCGCAAUGACGCCGAGUACCGUGUCAACAUUACCAGGAAUAUCCUCGAAACGUUGCUGCUCGUUUUAGCUGGCUGA